AUGUCGGACAGGACUCGGACGCGCCGAGAGCGCACUUUCGUAGGGAGCGAGUGUGCCGUCUGCGAGGAACCCCUCGAACACACCCUCCGCGGCGAGAGGAUAUUACAAUUUUCAUGCUCGCACGUCUCGCACGAGGCCUGCUUUUACGAGUUCAUUCGGGAGUUCGAGUCACAGUACUGCCCGUCGUGUAAUGCACCACUACAUCUCGAUACGAGCCGCGGCGGCAAUGUCCUGGAUAUCGAGAAAAUAAGUAGCAUGGUACGCGCGGUAUCUGUGAAUGACACACGGUCCCAAGCUACCCCAACACCUACGCCAUCACAUUGGGACGACCAACAAGGACGGCCUAGUCCCAGUGGGCACGGUCACGAUAGGCACCCCGGGCACGCUGGAUCCAGCGGACACGUUGGACCCAGUGGGCACAGCGGUAACAUGCGUGACGAUCGCGACAGCCGUGAUGCUCAGUCAUCAGAGCAUCGCUAUCAUGGGCAACGACAUGCGCGGAACGACAGCGAGGCCACAGGUGUGGCAUCUUCUGGAGGAUACCCGGAGACAACCCAGAGCGGACCGCCACGACGGCACGACUACGACGUCCAAGCCAUGGAAACGUCAUUAUCAAGCCCGCGGGCGGUAACACGAAACCCCAUACCAGCCCCGACCGUGACAGUUCGGUCCGAGUUUCCGACAAUUAACAGAUCACGGCAACAACAAACCCUUACGUGCCUCGUCACCAUCGAGGUACCUGACAACAAAUGGCGGCCAGAUCCCGAGGAUUUGCAGAGUGCACCACCGCCCCAAGCGCCGCCGAGGGUGGAAGAACCGGUACGGGCACCAUCCCCAGCUCGCAGCGCCCCCCGGUUUUAUCCCUACGAAUCCCCCGAGGUGCUUCUCGAGAUGACCGAGAACCUACGGAGCCGCGUUGAUAACUGGCAUGGCCUGGACUUUGGUCGGUUCGGAAAGCUUCGCCUCUACGGCACUCUCCGUGUGGGCAAGGACAAGAAGUCAUGGCAGGAGCUGGAAUGUUUUCUCUUCGCCGAGAUGCUCAUCUGCGUCAAGGAAAAGAAGCACCCCCACCCGCAGCAAGAACAAUGGGACGAUAUCGCCUCGCGCAAGGCGACCCGCUGUACGCUGAAGGGGUCUAUUCUCAUCAAGAAGCACCUCAAUGAGGUGUCUGAAACCGGCAACAUCGACGAGAACGUUCUAACCCUUAGCCUGUCGGUCGCCGAGCUGCCGCAAUUUCACCUCCGGUUCGAAAACCGGAAUCAGCUCAAGCUAUGGCAGCAAGCCCUCCUCGAUCUCAACGCAGUCGAGACAUCACCAGUCCGUAGCCCCGACUACGACCGAGGCGAGUUUUCCGAGACGGAGGAGGAAGAGUGGCAGCGAUCAGGCCGCCCACAACGCGUGUCAUCGCUAGGCUCGUCGUGGGGCGGUGCGAAAUCGGCCACAACUGCUCCCACCGAGUACACCAGCCUUGCUCGGAGCCCGUUGCUCCCGUCGAUUCACGUGCCCGUCGACGUGGUGGUGGUGGUCCCCAUCUCGGCGUCUAUGCAGGGGGUCAAGAUCAACCUCGUGCGUGACGCUCUCCGAUUCAUGGUGCAGGCGCUCGGGGAGCGCGAUCGCAUGGGCCUCGUGACGUUUGGAUCUUCGGGUGGCGGUGUCCCCAUCGUCGGGAUGACCACCAAAGCGUGGUCCGGUUGGGGGAACGUGCUCAACUCGAUCAAGCCCGUGGGGCAAAAGAGCCACCGCGCGGACCUUGUCGAAGGCGCCAACGUGGCCAUGGAUCUGCUGAUGGGCCGCAAGUACAACAAUCCCAUCGCCACCAUUAUGCUCAUCAGCGAUGCCUCGACAUCCGACGCCGACAGCGUCGACUUUGUCGUGUCACGGGCUGAAGCUGCCAAGAUUACCAUUCACUCCUUCGGCUUGGGGAUGACGCACAAGCCAGACACCAUGAUCGAGCUCUCUACUAGGACAAAGGCGUCAUACACGUACGUCAAGGACUGGAUGAUGCUCCGUGAGUGUCUGGCUGGGUGUCUCGGUGCGAUGCAGACGCUGUCACACCAGAAUGUGAAACUGAAGCUCAGGCUUCCCGAGGGAUCGCCAGCCAAGUUCCACAAGAUCAGCGGCGCGCUCCAAAUCACAAAACGGGCAACAGGGCGCGACGCCGAGGCGUCUCUCGGUGACCUCCACUUCGGCGACAAGCGAGACAUUCUGGUACAACUCGUCAUCAUACCGGACACGUCGUCGCAGGAGCAACUUCCCCAGGACCCCUGGGACAACAUCGUGUCGGGGCUCGAAGCGCUAGGGGGGCCAAUGGACCAGGACGAGCAACGGGCGGUCUCGGUCGAGGAGGUGCCGCUGAUCCAAGCCGAGAUCAGCUGGGGCGACAUCCUCCGCGACGGGUCAUCCCAACACACCCGACCCAGCCUCCUGGCCAUCACCAUGCUCCCGGCGGCGAACUCGAAGAAGCCGUGGGGGAACGCGCCGCCCAUCCCGCCACACCCGCAUGUCGUGCAGCGGCGCAUGGAGCUGCUAACCUCGGACAUGCUGACCCGCGCCCUCACGCUGGUCAGCCGCGGCCAGCACGACCGCGCGCACACGCUCCUAAACGAGACCCGCUCCAUUCUCAAGGGUCUCGGCAAGGGCGGCCUCCCCCCCGUCCCGCCAGCAACCUCCUCCAAAUCACAACCAUCGACACCCCACCCGGGAGGCCCCGACGGAUCCCCCACAGCCACCGGGACACCCGACCGCAAGAACUCCCCCUCACCAACAUCAGCACACGCCACCACCCCAGGCGGCCUCCUCCCGACCCCCUCCCUCCCGCGAACGCGGUCCAACGACGGGCUCGGCAGCCUGGGCGCAUCAUCGACGGGGAUCGACGCGGCGACGGUCGCGGCUCUCGACGCCGAGCUCGAGGCCUCGCUCGAGUGGAUCAGCCACCCGGCCGUCUUUGGGCGCGACAGCCGCAAGGCGGUGCUCCAGGCCAUCGGCGUCGUGAGCUCCCAGCGCGCCUUCACGUUCCGUACGCCCGUGGAGGGGCUGUGGGCGGGGCGGGUGGCCGGGGUAAGGCGGUUGACGGAGCGGAGUCGCGAGUGGAGGGCGGAGGGCGCGGGGGAGGGCGGGAUUAUGGAGGAGGCUUGA